AUGUGAUUAGCUUUCAGCCUAUACCCCCUUUCAUUUUUCCUUUACUGUCCCUUUAAAGGUUGAGAUAAGUCCACUUUAUCAAGGUUUAGGUUACAUUACGACAAUUUCUUGGCUGAGCGAUGCGGCUGGACAGGCCAUUGGCCGAUCGCAGCGGCUAGGACAUGCUAGUUGGCUGAGCGUGACAGGCUAGGAGACCGGCGCUGCGGCUAAAGAUCUCCAAAUGAUGAUGCCCAUGUGUUAAAAAAUAUUUUUAUUUGUUUUAAAUUAGUUUAUUUUAAUAUAUUUAAUUUUUGUUUUGUACUAAUGUUUGAAUGGGCUAAAAGCGGGGUUGUGAACACCUGACGUUAGUUCAAUCGGCUAUUAGUCCAAUCAGUAUAGCAUCAUUCAGAUAAAGAAAAUUUGCUUGCAAAUCAUGUUAUUAUAAUAGCCUUCUACAGACAACUCUAUCCUGUAAUAAUCAAAUGAAUAUUUUUAAAAUGUUGUAAACAGGAAUAAUCUAUUUUUGCCAAAUUUACUUGCUCAAAGUGGAAACUUUAUAAUGGUUAUUUUAAGCUCAAAAUCAACUAAUUAAAUUUGAAAUGUUGUUGAUAUUAGAACUGGUUGCAAGCAUAAGUGCGUGAUGACCAUACUGUUGAACAUGGUUAAUGGUGAGACCUGAGCACCUUUCUGAUGUCCAAAAAGAAAUUCCUACAAUGUUCCCCAUGGAGCGCAAGGAAUCAACAACCAAGUAACCCAAGUAAGGAAUAUUCCCAGGUUUUUUUUAAAAAGCACCCUGUGUAAAAUAUUUCUAAUAUGAUUCAAUUAAAGGGAGUGACAGGCUGAAUUGAGCUGAAUUUGCACUAUUGUAGAGAAUUUUAAGGAUUUUUUUGAGAUUUGUAAGUUGUAUAAUUGCUGAAUAAGAGGGGAAAUUUGAUAUUUGAUCUUUGAUAUUUUGAUUUUAAACAAGCUAGAAAAAAUAACUACCCCGGCAAAAUCUUUUUCGCACUUAAUACCCAUUACAAUGACAAAUAGAUAUAUUCAACCAUGGUAACAUAUCAGAUAAGUGUUGAUAUAUUUAAUAACAUUCAAAUGACCCAAAUAAUUUAUAAGGAAUUUUUUCAGAGAAAAUGGCUGGAAAUAUGAAAAAAAAUGUAGAAAUUAUUGUCAUGAAAGAAGAAAUUCAGGAAGAAAUCUUUCCAUUCUGUACUGUAGAGGAUACAUGUGUAUUUUUAAAGGAAGAAGAUGUUAGAACGGAAAAUACUGAGGUCACAGAUGAACUAGUUCUUAGUGAAGAGGAUCCUCUGCUGGUUGGAUCAAAGAUAAUUAAGGAAAGGAAACUAGAAGAAGUGAGAUAUCUUUGUGAUAAAUGUGAAUACGCUGCAACUUCAACCUGGGAUCUUAGUAGACAUAUUAAAAGCUAUCAUGAAGGAGUGAGAUAUCCUUGUGAUAAAUGUGAAUACGCUGCAACUACAACCUGGGAAAUUAGAAGACAUAUUAAAAGAUAUCACGAAGGAGUGAGAUAUACUUGUGAUAAAUGUGAGUAUACUGCAAUUCGCAAGAAUGAUCUUAAAACACAUAUUGAAAAUAAACAUAAAGGAGUUAGAUAUUACUGUGAGAAAUGUGAGUACGCAGCAACUACGAAAAGUUAUCUUAGGAAGCAUUGUAAAAAUCAACAUGAAGGAGUAAGAUAUCAUUGUAAUAAAUGUGACUUCACUGCAAAUACAGCAAAUAUUUUAAAAAGGCAUACUAAGAGUAAACAUGAAGGAACUAGAUAUCCUUGUGAUAAAUGUGAAUAUGUUGCAACAGAAGUAGCUCAUCUUCGAUUACAUAUUGAAAGUAAACAUGAAGAGAUGAAACAUCCUUGUGAUAAAUGUGAGUACACUGCAACUACAUUAAAUAAUCUAAGGCAACAUAUUAAGAGCAUACAUGAGGGAGUAAGGUAUCCUUGUACUACUUGUGAGCAUACUGCAGCUACAGCAAGUAUGCUUAGAAGACAUAUUAUGAGUAAGCAUGAAGGAGUGAAAUAUCUUUGUGAUAAAUGUGUGUACGCUGCUGAUACCAAAAAUCAUCUUAAGAGACAUAUUGAGAGUCAACAUGAAGGAGUGAGAUAUUCUUGUAAUAAGUGUGACUACACUGCGACAGAGGCAAGUGCUGUCAAAAGACACUGUAAAAGUUACCACGAAGGAGUGAGAUAUCCUUGUGAUAAAUGUGAUUACUCUGCAAUGAACGUAAACAAUUUAAAAAGACAUUUAAAGAGUAAACAUGAACGUGUGAGAUAUUCUUGCAAGAAAUGUGAGUACACUGCAACAGAGGCAAUUGCUAUCAAAAGACAUUGCAAGAGUUACCACGAAGGAGUGAGAUAUCCUUGUGAUAAAUGUGACUACAUUGCAUUUACAGCGAGAGCCCUUAGGGAUCAUAUUAAGAAUAAACAUGAAGGAUUGAGAUAUCCCUGUGAUGAAUGUAAAUACGCUGCAACACAAGCAAAUAAUCUUAGAGUACAUAAAAAGAGAGUCCAUCGCAAGGAAUUUCAGAGAGAAUGGUUAAAACUAUCGGAAGAAUUUAAGGUUAAAAAAUUAAAGAUGAAAGAAGAAAAAGGUUCUGUAAAGGGAGAAAUUAUCCUUCCAUGUACUUUGGAAGACACAUGCACUGUAUAUGUACAAGAAGAAGAACUAAAUAAGGAAGAGAUUAAAGAAGAGAAUGUUUGUAUAACGGAGGAAGUACAUUACUAUUUCACUGAAAAGGAUACAUGUACUGUAUAUAUAAAGGAAGAAGAUGUUAAGAUGGACAAUACUGAGAUAACAGGCGAAAUAGAUCUAAAAGAAGAGAAUCCUCUGCUGGUUGGAUCAAAGAUAACCAAGAGGAAACUAGGAGUAAGAUAUCCAUGUGAUAAAUGUGAAUAUUCUGCUACUAGGCCAAAUCAUCUCAGAUUUCAUAUUAUGAGAAGACAUGAAGGAGGAGUGAGAUAUCUUUGUGAUAAAUGCGAGUACACUACAACUACAUCACGAUAUCUUAAGAUGCAUAUUGAGAGUAAACACGAAGGAGUAAGAUAUACGUGUGAUAUAUGUAAGUAUUCUGCAACUAGGCUACAUCAUCUCAGAGAACAUAUUAAAAAUAAGCAUGAAGGACUGAGAUAUCCUUGUAAUAAAUGUAAAUACGUUGCAACACACCGAGGAAAUCUAAGAAUACAUAUUGAGAUUAAACAUGAAGAAGUGCUCUAUCCUUGUGAUAGAUGUGAGUAUUAUGCAACUGGUCGAAUUCAACUCAACAAACAUAUUAAGAAUAUUCAUGAAGGAGGAUAUCCUUGUGAUAAAUGUGAACAUGUUGCAACUACAGCAGGGGAUCUGAAAAGACAUACCGAAAGUAAACAUGAAGGAUUGAGAUAUCCUUGUGAUCAAUGUGAGUUCGCUGCAACCAGACCAAAUCAUCUUAAACGUCAUAAAGAGAAUAUACACUACGGAGUGAGAUAUCCUUGUGAUAAAUGUGAAUACGCUGCAACUUGCCUCGGUAAUUUACAAAUACAUAUUGCAAGUAAGCAUGAUGGACUUAAAUAUCCUUGUGAUGAAUGUGAAUACGCAGCAACAAGACCCAAUGACCUUAAAAAACAUAAAGAGCAUAAACAUAGAGGAGUGAGAUAUCCGUGUAAAGAAUGCGAUUAUGCUGGAAUUACAGCAAGAAGUCUUAAAGUUCAUAUUGAGAGUAAACAUGAAGGUGUGAGGUAUCCCUGUGAUAAAUGUAACUACGCUGCAACCACACCAAGUACACUUAAAAGACAUAUAAAGAGUAAGCACUAAGGUGAAGGUAUCUCUGUGAUACGUAACUACAACAGAUAAUCUGUAAAGCCAUACUGAGAGUAAUAAGCAUGGUGUGGAGUGUGAUAUCCUUGUCAUGAAUGUGAGAACGCUACAACAGACGCAAGUAAUUCAUAAAGACAUAUCAGGAAUAAACAUUAUUAAAUGGAAUAUUCUUAAAAGAGAUGUGAAAACGCUGCAACGGACAUAAGCAAUUUGAAAGCCAUAUCAUGAGUAACCAUAAAUCAUGAUAUUUAUGUAACUAGACUUCUAUUUCAACUUUUAAUUAUGGCUCUUUCUGUGAGCAUCUUCUCUUUGUACAAUAAAAAAGAAAAGUUCGCA